GUUAAACAGGGAAUCACAGGGAAUGGAGCCACAGCUGUCCAGUCUUCCAUAUUUGACAUAGGAGCUGCUCAAAAUGCUGUGGAUAGCAACAAGGAUUCAAUUUAUAGUCUUGGGUCAUGCACUCAUACUAAUGGGGACAGGAACCCCUGGUGGAGAGUUGACUUGUUGGAUGUCUACAGGAUAACCAGAGUUAGCAUCACUAAUCGUGGAGAUGGUGCUCCAGAGAGAAUAAAUGGUGCUCAGAUCCGUAUCGGCAACAGCCUGGAAAAUAAUGGCAACAAUAACCAGCUGGCUGCGACUGUUGUGUCCAUCCCACUUGGAGAGACUCAAACAUUUGAGUUUAAGCCUAUUAUAGGGCGAUAUGUCAACAUUUUUAUACCUGGGCGCAAUGAAUAUCUCUCACUGUGUGAGGUUGAGGUGUUUUCAGAUUAAGUGGAAUGAGAUGAUGUUACACCACAGUCCACUGAUCCUAUAAGCAAAAUACCAAACUGUUUUUGCAAACUGAGCAAUUCUAAUAUUGCACCUUUUUCAGCAUUUUCAUUUUACCUGUGCACCUUUAUUGUUAAGAUAAAAGAUACGUUUUAGCGCACAUUCAGUAAAGGAAUGAAAUGGUUUUAAAAUGCACCUGAUUCUUUACCCCAGUUUGAUCCAGGGAGUUGUGCAUUCACACACCAUUGUUUAUCUUUGCUUUCUACAUGAAUAAAUUACUUCAGCAUUGCAUGUUGUAUUUCAUGUUUCUGGAUCAAAAAGGCUCAUUUGGAUACUUACA